AUGCUGCCCGCCUGCCGCGGCAGCAGGCCGCCGCAGAGGCCCGCCGCCAGAUCAUCCUGCUCCGCCUUAUCAGAAAUCAUGGACCUGUCGUCGGACCCGAAGCGCAAGCCGCGGUGCCUGAGCAAGGUCGUCAUGCUCGCGCUCCUCGCCGCCAUGUGCGUCGUCAUGCUCACCCAGCCACCCUGCCACGGGAGGCCGACACCCACCCCCACCCUGUUCUCCAUCCAUGAACCUGGGGUCACGCACGUGCUUGUCACCGGCGGCGCUGGCUACAUCGGCUCGCACGCCGCUCUUCGCCUGCUCAAGGACUCCUUCAGAGUCACCAUAGUGGACAAUCUUUCCAGAGGAAAUAUUGGGGCGAUCAAAGUUCUCCAGAACUUGUUUCCAGAGCCUGGGCGGUUGCAGUUCAUAAAGGCUGAUUUAGGAGAUCCGGAAGCUGUUAAUAGAAUAUUUGCAGAAAAUGCAUUUGAUGCUGUUAUGCACUUCGCUGCUGUGGCCUAUGUUGGUGAGAGCACGCUUGAACCUCUGAGGUACUAUCAUAACAUCACCGCAAACACUCUAGUGGUGCUGGAAGCCAUGGCUACACACAAUGUGAAGACUCUCAUCUACUCUAGCACGUGUGCGACCUAUGGAGAGCCUGAGAAGAUGCCCAUCACUGAAGAAACUCCCCAGUUUCCAAUCAACCCGUAUGGUAAGGCCAAGAAAAUGGCAGAGGAUAUCAUCUUAGACUUCUCAAAGUCGAAGAAAUCAGACAUGGCUGUCAUGAUUCUAAGAUACUUCAAUGUCAUUGGUUCUGACCCAGAAGGCAGACUGGGUGAAGCUCCGAGACCUGAAUUGCGUGAGCAUGGCCGUAUAUCGGGGGCAUGCUUUGACGCAGCACUGGGAAUCAUUCCAGGUUUAAAGGUUAAAGGUACUGAUUAUGAAACACCUGACGGCACUUGUGUAAGAGAUUACAUUGAUGUUACCGACCUUGUUGAUGCCCAUGUGAAGGCACUCAACAAGGCGCAAAGAGGCAGAGUUGGUAUAUACAAUGUUGGCACUGGAAAAGGUCGGUCAGUGAAGGAGUUCGUCGAUGCCUGCAAGAAGGCAACCGGAGUCGACAUCAAGGUUGACUACUUCCCUCGCAGACCAGGUGACUACGCGGAGGUUUACAGCGAUCCUGCCAAGAUCAACAGGGAACUGAACUGGACAGCACAGCGCACCGAUCUCCAUGAGAGCCUCAGGGUCGCGUGGACAUGGCAGAAGGCGCACCGAAGUGGAUACGAACCACCACAGGCUAUGAUUUUGUGA